AGCCCGAGUUUAGACUCGACAGACCACCACCGUAUCCAUUUCCCAAUCUCCUUGUGCCGGUUCUCCGCCUCCCUCCGGCCCGCGCAGAACACGCCCUGAUCCAGAUCCAGCCAUCCUUCCUCCCGCCGCAGCUGCACCGUCACCAGCAGGCGUGCUACUCGUCGUCGUCCUCACCCCCCCCCCCUCCCCUCUCUCUCUCUCUCUGGGGAGCGGAGAUCCACCAUCCGGACCCGCGCUGGUUUCUUCUUUUGUCGGUGGAUAUACUAAAGUCCUGAAAUGGCUGAAAAUUGGUUAGAACGCUCGAAGCAUACUUCUACAGCAACACCACCUUCUGGUUCAGUUUCUACACACCAAAUCCCAUCACCAAGAAGAUCAAGGCAAAGGAACAUCUUUCAUCUAUUAACUCAACGAGAGCUCUCCCCUCGAACAAAACACCAAGCUAGAAGGAUUUGGAGUAAUCCUCCAAAAUGUUAUCCUGGUUUAAUUGAGUUAAGAUUCGCAGAUACAGAUGCUAAACAUGGUAUCUUUUCUUGGGCAGAAUCACAGUCCCUGCAUCAUUGGUUGGCCAAGUAUUGCCCUCUUUUACCGCCUCCUAGGUCAACUAUUGCAGCUGCUUUUAGUCCAGAUGGAAAAACACUUGCGUCCACACAUGGUGACCAUACUGUGAAAAUAAUUGACUGCCAUACUGGGAAAUGUUUGAAGGUUUUGAGUGGACAUCGACGCACUCCUUGGGUGGUCAGGUACCAUCCAUUACAUUCUGAUAUCCUGGCUAGUGGAAGUUUGGAUCAUGAAGUUCGUCUAUGGGAUGCUAAUACCUCAGACUCUAUUGGAUCACAAGACUUCCAUCGGCCAAUUGCGUCCAUUGCAUUUCAUGCAAGGGGUGAGAUUCUGGCAGUUGCAUCAGGUCACAAAUUGUACAUCUGGAGCUACAAUAAGAGAAAUGAGGCUUCUGCCCCAGCCAUUAUACUAAAAACCCGCCGUUCGUUGAGAGCUGUGCAUUUUCACCCGCAUGGUGCUCCAUAUCUUCUAACAGCAGAGGUUAAUAAUCUUGAUUCUGCGGACUCAGCGCUGACUCUUGCAACAUCAUCUGGCUAUUCAAAUUAUCCUUCGGCUCUAUUUCUUGCAAAUGUUAAUUCUAGAUACUGUCCACACGUUGAGUCUAAUAUGGCGUCACCUUGCUUACUGUUGCCUGCAUACCUCAGGGAUGAUGGAAUUUUACAUCUGCUUAGCAAUGACAGUAAUUCAACCACUAUGGAGCGGAUAUCAUCAUCAUUAGUUCAAAAUGCCACAUCAGAUGCUGAAAAUCAACAGCAUGACCAGUUUGCUACCCCCAUGGAUGUAUGUCUUGGAGAACCAUCUGCAUCAACUGAUGCAGUGGAUGCAGUUCCUGUGCUUGCAUCAAAUGCAAUCGAAACACAUGCUGAUAAUGGGCAGCCCAACUCAAGACUGCAGGGCAGCAGGUCUAUUAGUAAUCUUGAGAGGUUUAGUGCAAGAGAUGAUUUGCAAAUGUCUUCCCUGAGCAAUACUGUGCCAAUUCCAGCAACAGCUGGGCCUUCAGGUUCUGAUGCCCGCCGUGCUAUGCCAAUGAAUAUGUUCAGUUCUGGUGGAUUAGAUGUUCAAAUGUUACUAAGAAAUGUAGAAAGCGGGCAACAGAAUCAUAUUCUCUUUGGUGACUCACAUAGCUGGGAGGUGCCUUUUCUGCAGGGUUGGUUAAUGGCCCGAAACCAUACAAGUUUGCACCCUGCACUUGUGAACAAUAAUGUCCUUGAAGACCUAUCUCUUGGCGGUACUGCAGGGAUUAAUAAGUUGACUAGGGAAUCACCGCACAUGCAUAACUUUGGACAUCCAGGUGCUUCAUCAUCAAUUUCCAUUACUGCUGGCAGUUCUAGAGGAUCAAAUCGACGUAAUGCUUCACGCUCCGUACCUGGGGUUGGGAGUUUGCUCCUAGGUCCUCAAAUUGAUGAAGCUGAGCUUCAUGCUGCCUCACUGGGUGUUGGGUCAGAAUUUACUGCUUCAAUGCUUGCUUCUGGAGCUGAAUUACCUUGUACAGUGAAGCUUAGGAUAUGGCGGCACGAUAUCAAGGAUCCAUGUGUUCCUUUAGAACCUGAGGCAUGCCGCUUGAUAAUUUCUCAUGCUGUUCUUUGCAGUGAAAUGGGUGCCCAUUUUUCCCCGUGUGGACGAUUUCUGGUAGCCUGUGUUGCAUGUUUGCUGCCUCAAACAGAAGGUGACCGUGGUAGCCAAUUGCCUGUGCAAUAUGAUUCUGCAGGGGCUGGAUCAUCACCAACUCGCCACCCACUUCCCUCUAACCGAGUUAUUUAUGAGCUUCGGGUUUAUUCUCUCGAGGAGGAGACAUUUGGGGAUAUUCUUGCUUCCAGGGCGAUAAGGGCAGCACAUUGCUUAACUUCUAUUCAGUUCUCACCUACAUCAGAACACAUACUUCUGGCAUAUGGUCGCCGCCAUGCGUCUUUGGUCAGGAACGUAGUCAUGGAAGGAGAAAAUGGGAUUCCUGCAUAUAAUAUCUUGGAGGUGUACAGAGUUUCAGAUAUGGAGCUCAUAAGAGUGCUUCCUAGUGCUGAAGAUGAAGUCAAUGUUGCGUGUUUUCAUCCUUCCCCAGGAGGUGGCCUUGUUUACGGGACUAAGGAAGGAAAGCUCAGGAUCCUUCAGCACAGUGGUACGGACACAACAAUCAUGGGUCUGAAUUGCUUUAUCGAGGAAAAUAUGCUUGAGAUUCAGAGGUAUGCGUUGGAAUGCUGAAUGAUCCAACCUCAUCUUGUGCUUUUAUGCUUACUUCCAUGGAAGUUUUCUCUGCAGACUUCAUCUCUGUGACACCAACCAAGGGAAAACAUUAGAUCCAUCUCCAACUAAAUUAUGACAGAUAAUUCUCAUUGAGUUUUUUCAAGUGCCUUGGGGAUUGGUCUGUGCAGAGGCAGUAGAUGUAAAUCUACAUGGCCAUCAUGGCCGUCAUCGUUAUGCUGUAAUUAUGAUUUUGUACAUAUAUUUUAGAAAGUUGACAGUGCUAAUCCUUUUGUUGUAUUUCAGAAUUGAUGUUGUAUUUCAGAAAUUUGACAGUGCUAAUCCUUUGGUUGUCAAAAUAUUUUGUUUGUUGUAUACUUCGUCUGUCCUGACAGGCUGCCAAUGAUAUGCAAUACUUAUUAUCUUGCAUGCAAGGGUAACCGACCUUGGCGAA